AGCGGGGCAGAGUUAGGUGGCGGCGGCGAGUGGAACGCCGCUGCAGCAGGCGAGGCGGGCGCCCAGGGAAUGGCCACAUUCGUGGCCGACUGGGAGGUGGGCGCACUUGGCGUGGCGGGCGACCAGGUAGCGGCCAUAUCCGUGGCCGACGAGGAGGCAGGCGCGUCGUCAUCAUGGCAGGCGUGGCUCGGCGUGGUGAGUCAGGCGGCGAAGCUCGGCGUGGCGCGUCAGGCGGCGAAGCUCGGCGUGGGUCUUGGUAUAGGUCUUGGUCUUGGCGUGGGUCUUGGUCUUGGCAUGGCAGGUCUUGGUCUUGGCAUGGCGGGUCUUGGUCUUGGCAUGGCGGGUCUUGGUCUUGGCAUGGCGGGUCUUGGUCUUGGCAUGGCGGGUCUUGGUCUAGGUCUUGGCAUGGCGGGUCUUGGUCUUGGCAUGUGGCACAGCACCCACACCCCGGGCAACAGCUUCAACUGGCCGGUGAAACCUGGUGAGGAUUUCACCGGCCCUGGUCCCAAAACCUCGGUGAUCUCGGUAUGUCUACCUACGCACGUGAAGACUGAGUUCGGCGGCCGGCGCGGAUGA